AUAAACCCCAAAAAAAUUAUGCAAAGCAGUUAAAGAUGGCAGAUAAGAAAAAAUCACAAGCAGCCGGCGAUGCACCAGACAAGAAGAAGGAUGAUAAACAUCAGGAAGAAUCAAAGGGUAAACCCAAAAACAAGACGAAAAUGUCUGAAAUACCUCCUCCUGAACCCGAGGAGAUACCUAAAACUCCGUCACUAAUUUUGAGAGAGGAAGCCGAGCAUAGAGCCAAUUUACGUAAGGCGCGGUUCAAGCGACGAUGGCCAGAGGUCACAAAGGUCAAGAUUAAAACGCAGCCCUGGUUUCCACCGGGACCACCACAGAGAAUGCCACCGAUCGUUAUAGAAUUACCAGAGAUAACAAGAAGGAAAUGGGUACCACCAUAUAUGAGGCGCAGAAGACGUCGACGUAAGCUAAUGCGGAUCCCUCCAGACGAAAUAACACAACCAUUGUACGAAUAUGCCAAGUUGAGGAAGAUUUGGCACAACUUCCUCCAAGUGGAAAAAAACAAAAUGAUGCUCCAAGGCAGUGUCGGCUGUAAUUCUAAGAAGUAUUCGUCAACUGCUUGCGGCUCCCAAACUGCCUGCAUAGCCGUAGUGUGUCGUGCACUUCUAGAAGAGAAGGACACUGCACAGCUUGUCAAGAGAGAUAUCGACGAACUGAUCGAUACUGGCGAUCGAUACUAUAAACAGUGCAUGUUGAGCCUCAAGUGCUAUAAAGGUAAACCCCAACUACAACUGAACCAGCUUCUGACGUCGUUCUUUUUCCACGACAAAAAGUACACAAUCAAAAUGGUGGAGGUCGAGAAAGGGUUGCUCGCUAAACAUCCAGAUAAUAUACAGCCAGACUCGGAUUUGAUGGCUUUUAUGGAGAAACGCGUAGGCAGUACCUACAUGAUGAUCCUAACAGCUGGCGAUCGUCAUUUUCUUAUCUGGGGCUAUCCUCCAGCGCCGGAGUCUGGAAGCCAAGUGAAGACUAUCUGCCAUAUUUUCGACCCUCACAUGUUGGAUGAGUUUGGAUGUCCGCAUAAACUUUUUGGAGCUGGGGCUUUUCUCCGAUAUGCAGGAGUAACGUCGUUUGUUGUGGACUUCCUUGCUAACUAUGGAGACCUUGAAACAGCUAAGAGGGGGACACCGAAAUCAGCUUUAACUUUGACUAAUAUCGAGGUUGUCCAAAUAGAGCCUCUUGAACGUGUACCUCGAUACGAAUUGGAUCUAAAGGCCCUUAAAAUUCACUGUAGAAGUGAAUGGGACACCAUGAAUAUAAACGCGCUCAUCGAGAAAAAGAGAAACGAGGGAAAGUAUCCGCUAUGCUCGCUUAGUGCGGUAAGCUUGGCCACGUCUAGAGCCACAACAAAAAGAAAAGUGCAAGAUUUUUAUCAGAAAACACCAAAGGAACCUCCUCCACAACUGCCUAUUCCUCCGGAACGUCCUCCGCCCGGUACCACCUUUGAACAGUUAAUGCAACUACGUGGUGAGAAUUUUUUCCUCUACUGCCCACGCCAAGAUGCUCAUGCUUAUGGCAGAGAUGACUUGAUACCACGUCCCAGGUCCGAGACAAUUAUUCAUAGUUAUGUGGAUAUCGCCGACCAGAAUUAUCACUCCCAAUAUCAGCAGAUUGACGUAGAGAAAUGGAUUCUAAGAGCAACCAGGCAUAUGGCCAGUUAUCGAUACCAAACUUUCAAGACGUUCACGGGUAUAUCUUGUUGUGUGGCCGCUUUAGCGAUGCUCAGACGUCUUCGUGCACGAGCCUGGAACGAAGAUAUUUUAGACGAGACUCUUGAUAUUGGCUACAACUUAUUUAGAGAGUCUUUAGUAGAGCGCGGUGGUCCGAUUAGAAGACUUGUUCUCGGAGAGUUAAAGGAAACAUUCGGGAUAAGGGACAGAGAAUACAUGCGUAAGGAGCGUGGUAUAGCAGUUUGGGGUAAACUGAUAUCUAGCAAUCCUAAAGUUUUUGAUCUGUGUCGUGGCAUCGAGAGUUUCUUCAAAGAAUCUGAUGCAGGUGUGUUACAGAUCCCUGGUGAAAUUGAAACGGCAAUUUGGAACGAAGGAGGAAGGUUCUACGUGUACCAUCCAUGGCCUGCAGAUAGAUUUGGAUAUAAGGUUGGUCUGCAAGACGGGGGUAAAGCGUGCCUGCUUAAUUUCGGUCGUAUUUCACGCCUCUGCGAACAUUUCAUGGACAGCGUGAUUGAUUUAAACCGCAAGCCGUUUAGUAUCUCUGACGUAUACAUCACUGAAUUGCCGGAUAUUAUGCCUGAACCUGUCAAUAAAUUAAAACCUGUAGCUGCUAACAAAUGGGUCAUCCGGGGUAGGUUUCACGAAGCCGAUGAACGGUUUCCCGAAGAGCAUCGCGGUAAGCAAGCAACACCUGCUUCCAUCGCUGCAAUUGCUAUGGCACAUGUCAUCGAACCAUCUGCUUGGACUCAAGAAGAAAUAGAUGAGACUCUAAUUCGAGGAGAUAUACUUUAUCAAAAUACGAUAGAAAAUUUGGAACGUAUGGGUAUUAAUUUAACUGACACUACUACUAAAGGAGGAGAACAGGGAGAAGAAGAAGAAAAUAAUAGUAGUGGUACCUUAGCUGCAGCUGACGUUCUUACUAGAUUCAAAGUCUCUGAGUACGAUUGCAUUGAAACUGAUGUUAUGGAUAGCGCUUACAGUGGGCAACUUAGUCCAGAACCUGGUAGCGGUAUACAAUCCCUCAAAGAGUCCCUACGACAACUGUUCAAAGAUCACACAAACGCUGUCGUCACUGCAAGAGGUGGAUCUACUGCGAUUUGGAAACAUGAAGACAGUUUCUACUUCUUUGAUCCCCAUGGCUGUGAUGAAAAUGGUGUUUUAUCUGAUAACUUGCGCGCGGCGGCUUGUCUUGUUCGGGUGAAGGGUUCUGCAGAUGACCUUGCGAAAGUAAUCUUGGGAAACUUAGCACCUGGAGCUGAUGAUAGUUUCAAUAUCUCGCCAGUUUCUGUUACUGCCAGCAAACUUAACGCUGUGAUCGGGGCGCCUGAGAUGAAACCGGAUAGUAAAGCAUUCCAAUGGAUAUCCAAAGGCACUGCUGCUAUUAUGAUGGGUCCGCGUGGUGAGAACACCGCCAUUGGUAAAGCUGCUCAAAGGGCUGGUAUCGGGGAGGAUGAUAUGGCAGGUCGUACAAUAGCUUUACCUGCAGCGGCUGCUUUCGCAGCUGCUACAGACACAGUGCCUCCACCGCACAUGCAUCAAGAUCACAUGUACAAUUGUAUUGAUGCCGGUGUAGAUUACUAUCUUAAUCACGUGAAAAAGACGGGACGCAAAACAAUCGAGCCUGAAGAUCUUAUUGAAAAGUUUGAAAUGGGAGCAAACACAUUUUCAAUUGAGCUUGGAGAACCAAUACGCUUACCGUUGAGACUUCCCGAUGAACCAGCUGGAGAAGGUGGUGAAGAAGAAGAAGAAGGUGGUGAUAGAGAUGAAUUAGGAGAGGAAGCUGAAGAAGAAGAAAGAGAACCACCUAUGAAACAAAUCAAGGACGCUUUAUUCAAGAUGUGGUAUGAUCAAUCACGGCCCACUUCCGUCUCUUUGCUUGUUGGUGACUAUCAUCAAAUGGGUGUUUGGAUGUCAGCCGGUGGAAAGGUGGUUGCAUUUGAUCCCGCUCCUACUAUGAUCAAAGGGAUGCUAACAGCACAAAGGAUUAAGAAAGGAGACGAAAUCCGUCUACAACGUAUCAAAGAUGAGAUGGCUGGUGAAGGCGGUGGUGGUGAUGAAGAAGAAGGCGAUGAAGAAGCUGGCGCUGAAGGUGAAGAGCAACCUGAACCGGAACCCGAAUUUGUGCCACCUGAAUCGUGCCCUGUUUUGAUAGUUGCCGCUAGUCCGGGAGAAUUUAUUGAUAAACUGACCCUUCAAGGCCCUCUCGAUAGAAAACAAUGUCUUGCACCGUACAAACUAUACCCGGUGAAAAUUAUCAAUGAACUAACAUCUGUACUGAAAGAGCAAAAAUCUGGAGUAUACAGAACUGGUGAUGAGGAGGGCGCUGAAGAAGAAGGUGACGGUGGUGACGACCUAAUAGACCCAUUGGACGAUGCAGCGAUGGGCACAUACUUUAUACGCAUCGGUCGAGCUGUAGCGUCGGUUCGGGGCCGAGUGGCGCAGAAUGAAAACUAUUUUCUUGAUCAACCUAAUAGGGACAAUCAGGAUGCGGCCAAUGCAGCUAUGGGUAUAAUUGUAGAUCACAUAGAGCCGUACAUCCAUUGGAAACCGCAACUGAUCGACGCUAUACUCAAGUAUGGCGAUCGACUCUACACAACGUCUUUACCACGAGCCGCCGCACCUCCUAAACUGACUCCGUCUGAAAUUGAACCAGAAUUUCAUAUCACUAGUUUUAAUAUAAAAUUGGAAAUUGAUCAAGAGGUCGUGCAGGGUGACAUUAGAGCUCAGGCAACUGGUGCUGUGCUGAACUUCCAGAGGGCCAUUCUGAAAUUCUUUGAAACAGCAAAAUACGGCAUUCUGUGCGCUAAAGACUAUUGUGUCGGACUAUGGCGUGGGGCGGACGAUAACUCCUUCUGUUUAUGGGAGCCGCAUGCAGUGGGGCCCACUGGUUGUAUUUCCCCUGGAGGGGGUGCGGGCCUCAUACUGUUUGCGAGUGCCGACCAACUCGCCGGUACUCUGAAAACCACUAUGGACAAGUUGGGAAGACCUGGCUCCAACAAGUUCUCAAUAGCAUCAGUGAGAGUAUUCUGGGAAUUGGCGAAGAUUCCCAGUAUCGUCACUGCACAAGGCGCCGUUCCCGAUGAAGGAUAUGAAUGGAAGGUACUGACUGCAUAUGUGGAAACUGCUCGAGGCCGAACAAUUCUUCGAGGAUCACGGCCACCUGAUUUAGUCAAAUUUACUCGUGACGCUCUCCUCCAAACAUCAUGCGGGGCGGUAGUGGGCGCUUGCAUGUCGCACGUGAGACGUCCUCACCUCUGGACUCGGAACACUGUCGACGAAGUUAUGGCCGUCGCUUGCCAGCUGUUUGCUAAAUCUCUUGGCUCUUUGGGAUACGAGUUCAGGCCUGGGGAAGAUAUUCUACUACCACUACAGGUUUUAAAACGCUUUGUGUUGGGCGUCAACUACGUGCGGUAUGAUUUACAGCAAGUAUACUCCGGUAAACUGGAGCAGAAGACACCUACUGAGAUGACGGUCAGAUGUGCGUUAGAGCGUUUUUUCGAGACGCACACGCACGGCAUCUUGUGGUCGAUACCACACGCUGUUGCGGUUUGGCGCGUGGCGGGCGCUCCGCCCUUCUACAUGAUGGAGCCCCACGCUUGUGGACCCACGGGGUUGAGGAUUGAUGCCCAGGAUGAUGGCGCUGCGUGUGUUUUAACGUUUACUUCGGCGAAACUGAUGGCGUUUGCUUAUCUUCAAAACAUACCGGUGACUGAACGACCAAAGCACGACUUUCAACUUUACGCAAUGGCUGUAACCGUCCAGCCCAUUAAGAAACUAGGUGGCGUUGAUCCACCCAUAGUUCGCGCACCGCCGGGUGUCAAACUUGUACCAGCUACUAGCAAAGUUACCAUAGAGGGUAAGAAACGUCGUGCUGCGGAAAAAGAUAGAAAACAUCCUCCUGGUAGUGCCACAUGUGUUGAUGCGCAGAGAGCCUCUGAGAGAAAGGAUAAAGGAGAAGGGAAGCUGAAAGGUCAACGCAAUACAAGUGGUUGGCUAGUCCUCAAUGAUGGCACCCAGUUCCUUUCGGCUCAACACUCGAUGUGCUGUCGGAAAUUCCCAUUUGCUUCACGUGGUAAUCAGGCUCUUUCUUGUUCCAUUAUGGCGGUAGCAAUGUCUAGAGUGGAAGAUGUAUGUCGAUGGUGUUCGUCCACCCUUGACCAGAUCCUUGAGAGCGGUGAUCAACUUUACCAGGACAGCUUUCUGCACUUCCGACCACCUUCUAAAAUACUUAAUAUCGUACAGAUCCUGCGGAAAUUCUAUACGCCUGGCAACUGUGUGUGUCGCGUUGUUGUGUACAGGCCUCGUCAAAAAGGCACCGUAGAUAAUGAUCUUCUUGAAAAGGUCACAGAAUUCUUCCGGGAAGAGAAAUCGGGUGUGUUCGUUGCAGGCCGCGGAGAUUUCGCCGUUGCACUCUUCAGGACUCCAAGAGGUUACUACAUGUUUGACCCGGCGGACCGCGAUCGUUACGGGCGUGCGGUGGCGCCGUCUUGCCGCGGCCGAGCGCGCGCUUGCUUCUCCCAAUACCCCAAUAUUAAGACUUUAGCUGAGAAGCUGGGACCCAACAUUCCACCUGAUAUUAGUCAGGAUAGCGAUGACAAUAAUAAAGAGGUUCACUUUGAAGAGCCGGCCAAAUUUGCUAUAUUCGGUAUGGAAGUCACCAGCCUUCGUCGAUUGAAUCAACAUGAAAGAUAGUCUGGUGCAGACUUAAAUGUAGCCUUAUCUAAUAUUAAUUGCUAGCUAAUGAUGCACUUUCGGGUACACAUAUCUCUAAUCUCAACUAAAUUGAUACGUCCACAAAUACCGCUAUCCUUUAUUACAGGGAACAUUGUGAAUUGAUUUUUUUUUGAGAUAUUCUAUCUCUUUAUAUUUUAUUUGUUAACAUAUUUUACACUAAAAAGUAACGAAAUGAUUGUCUAUAUAAUAAGACAAGUUAGAGAAAAAACUUGAGUAUUUACAACUGUAAAUUUAGUUUUAAAACAGAUUCUAUUGAAAUUUUAUAUCUAAAGUUUUCGUCUUGGAUGAUGUACGGAACUGUAUACUAAUUGGGAGAGCCAAAGAAAGAAAUCCCUGCUAGUUGAAUUCCUAAAAUGUGGCUGUAGCUAAAAUAUAAAAAAAAAAAAUUUUGUUUAGCGAAUUGUUCAAUUGUCGACUUCUUAAAUAGUUGAAUUCUCAAAUUCAUUUUCUUUUUCAAAAUGUGGAGUUUUAGGAAUAAUAAUAUGAAUUUUAAUGUAACAAAAUGUGUUGAACUGUUAAAAUGUGUUUUCAAGGAGAGGUUAUCGACGUUAGCGAAAAAAUUAAUAUUAAAAUGUCGAAUUGUAGGAAGCGUUGAGAUAUGAUAAGAAAAUCAUACAUUUCAAAGAUAUGUGUUAGAAUGUGUUAGAGUUUAGAUAUUUAAUUCAGAAAUUUUUAUCGGUGAAAUAUGUUCCCAAGUGAAUCCUGCCGCUUGUGAUUUGAUUCUUUGUCCUAAAGGUUACAGUUCUAGUGGUGUUCAUAAAUGUGGUUAGGUACCAUAUUGAGAAUGGACUAAACCAAAUCGUGCUUUCUUCGCUCAUAUUAUUAUAUUGAACUAAAAAAAUAAAGUGUGUAAUUGCACACGAGUGGCCCUCAAAGGAUGCCGUUUAAAACGUAUUUUAUACAUACGGAACCAUUUUAUCACCUCUAGCAACUUUUUGUUUAGAAAUUAAAAUUGUAUAAUUUAACUUCGGUUUUUAAAUGUUUGUAAU